AUGAGUACUGGCGCUAUUGCGACUCUUCUUGGCCAGCAACCGUAUAGCUUCAGUGGAUUGAAGACCAUCGGCAAGGUCUUUUUUAUUCUUGAUAUCCUACUCUUCAUCAUGUUCAGCGCUAGUAUCACGUACCGAUUCUGCACAAACGAACGAUCGUUGAAUCGUAGCCUACACCAUCCACACGAAUCCUUCUUCUUUGGGUCUUUUUUCGUCAGUAUCGCACUCAUCAUCUACUGCAUCGAGUUGUACGCCGUUCCAGCAUGUGGGCCGUGGCUUAUUAGGACGCAAGAAGUGCUCUACUGGACCUAUGCUGGCACAAUCAUGUUUGUCGCCGUUUUCCAGUACCACAUUAUAUUCGAUCGCGAAAAGCUUCCCGUAGCUGAGGCGAUGCCAGCAUGGAUCCUGCCUGUAUACCCAUUCUUGAUCGCCGGGCCGCUCGGAACAACUUUACUGAAGAGCCAGCCGACUGACUCCGGCCUUCCAAUUUGGAUCGGUAGCCUCACAUUCGCCGGUCUUGGCUGGACGUUCGCUUUCAUCAUGUUGACGCUGUACGUUACGCGACUCGUCAACAGCGAACUACCAGAAGCCAGCAAGCGGCCGGGCAUGUUCAUUGCUGUAGGGCCCGCGGCAUACACUGCGAACACAUUCGUCGCGCUUGCUAUGAAUGCACCGAAGCAUAUUCCGGCGGACUUCCUCGGCAUCACAUCCGUGCCAGUUGGCGACAUCUUCAAGGCGGUCGGUACAGCUGCAGGCAUCUUCAUGUGGCUCAUAGCCUUUUGGUUCUCUGCGUUCUCAAUCGUCAGCGUCCUCAACUCAUACAAGGACUUGCACUUCACGCUCAACUAUUGGGGCUUCAUCUUCCCGAACGCAGGCCUCGUGAUUGCGCUCAUCUACAUAGCAAAUGCCCUUCAAAGCCCUGCGAUGAAGGGAAUUUGCAGUGCAGCAACUAUCAUCUUGGUCAUGGUCUGGAUAUUUGUUGCAAUCACCAACGUGCGUGCGAUAUCCCAGCAACUGAUUCUGUGGCCAGGAAGGGACGAGGACUUGGAAGACAUGGAGGGGCACGGAGAUCCCAGUGAAGAAGAGGAGAACGAAUUGCGUGGCAAUUCGCAUGAUCAGGAGAGCAGCAGUGACGGAGCGGAGGACCAGUACUUGGAUUUCCAUGAUGAGCAAGCAGACGCAGAGGCUGAGAGAAAGAAGGUCGCAUCUUGUGUUGCAGAGAUUAUCGAGAGGCAUAGUAGUGCGCCCGGAUCGCGGCGAGGGUAG